AAUCUAAAAUAAUUAAUAAGUCCUUUUAUAAUUAAUAAGAACAUGUCAUCCUGCCCCAAUCCAUGUAGGAGAGAAAGUCAAGCCCGUUUCGUUGUCGUUUGAAGUUUGUCAGUCAGUCGGCCGGUUUCUCUCCCCCCAGUGCAUAAUAAUAAUAUUUUUGUGAUAAAAAAAGACUGAACGAUGGAUAAGUCUACAUAUAAGGAUCAGGAAAAUCCUGCCCCUGUAAAACGCGUCAGGAUAUUAGUCGAUAUUCCCGUGUCAACCGCGCCAUUCAAUUCAAUGACCUGGACCAAUUCUCAAGGGGAACAAGUGGAAUUAAAUGUGUUGCAAAUGGAGGAUGAGUCGUUACCAACUCCAUCAACCUCGUCAACUCAAAAGAUAAAGUUGGACUCUAUCCUCCGAGCCGUGCUGUUCGGGAUGAUGGAAAAUAGUGGAUAUACGGGGGGGAUGUCAGAUUUCUGGGGAAGCGAUGAGCAAAAGAAUCUCACUAACGGCUGGGCGACCCACGUUAAGAAAUCCAAAACAGACACGGAGAAAUUCACCCCCAUCCAAAUAUUUUACAAGGAGAUUAAGGUGGCGAUGCAAGUUGUAGAUGGUCUGUUGCGAGUGGUCAAGAUGGAGAAAGUUGGACACGAGUGGAAGUUCAAUGGGUGGGCAGGACGCAACCAAAAAUGCAGUUUGUCAGCAUGCAUUUCUAAAUGUUCGGUUGGCAAGUUUUGCGACGCCCAUGCCCCCAGACAAAGCCUGUUAAUUCAGGACAUGAGAGCUACUCCCCCUAUCCUGGCGUUAUUAAAUCCUUCCGCCACAACCACCCCUUACACUGAUAGUAAGAUCCGACAGAAGUUGGAUGAAUGCGGGAUUAAGAAAAUAAGAGGAGGAAAAGAAAUUGAAGGGGGGACGGAAAUACAUGAUCUAAACAUCCAGCUCUAUGACUAUGUUGUAAAGAAGAGAACCGACAGGGAGGAGACUUUUUUCCAAAUAAUUGGACGCUGGUCGUUUCAGGACGACAACAACAAAGUCCAGAAUUCAGUAUUUUUGGGUGUGUCAUUGUUGGUGAUGCUAAAGGGAGGUGCUUCUCUACUCAACUCGAAAAUACUAUUUCGUGCUGCUGACCUCGCCUGGGUCAAGUCAUUUUUAAACGAAAAUUGGGUCACAUUCAACAAAGGAGAAGAACUUGCCGAUGGAUCGACUAAUCCUCCAGGUGUAUCAGGAGAAAUCAAUCGUUCUCUCCCAUAUGUCUACCUUGGACGUAACGAUGAAGCAGAAUUUUACGUUGGGGUGCAAAACCAAAUUUCCUUAAAGUGCUCUGGGACUAAAUCUCCAUACCAUUACAAGUUGAAGGAGGAAACGGGGAUGGACCGCUUUGAAGAGGAUGAAGACAUGCCAAUUUUUCAAAGUCCCAUUCCAACGUUGCUGCAACAUACAAAGAGUGUCACAAAAAGGAGUAAAUUUAGCCCAGAAGAAGAAGAUGAAUUUCUCAAAAUGGAAAAUGCUGCCAAUAACUAUGAAACACUUGCCCACUCUGCUAUAAAGAUAGGAGAAAUGGUUGGCCAGACCUAUAAGGGUGCUCUAGUGAAGGGAACUCAUAAACAAAUGACUCAUAUUGAUGGUGCUAUUAAUAUUGAUGAUCUCAAAUGUAUUUAUGCUUUUUUGUUUGAAACCAAUCUGGUCAUUAGUGAGGGUAGUCAGUUGGAGAAAGGUCAGGAUCAGAAAGUUGUUAUGAAUUUUGUUGUUUAAUUGUUUUAUCGUAUGUCGCAUACUCGUACUUUCUCAGAUGAAUUAAUAAAAUGAUAUACAUGUAGAAAGAUCAAAA